ACAGAGAAAGUCAGCAUGCUCUCUGCAUUGAUCGCUCCCUUCAAGUACAUGAGCCCUGGGACCACCAGCACAGAGGAUGAGGACACUUUAAGCACCAGUAGCACUGAGGUCAAAGAGAACCGAAAUAUUGGUAACCUAGAGGACUGCUGUUCUAUUGUCCCCGGCGACCGCCAAUCACUGUUCAGAUCGGACACAUCUAGAGGUGGGACUUCCGGUCUGAAGAGGAAGCGGCCGUUGGAGGAGGACAAUAACGGACACCUGUGCAAACUCCGUCUGAUCUACAAGAAACUGUUGUGGUCGGACUCACCAAAGAAUGCCCUGGUGCAGCUGAAUGAGCUGAGGCCAGGCCUCCAGUACCGCAUGGUAUCCCAGACCGGCCCGGUCCAUGCACCCCUGUUCUCAAUCGCCGUAGAGGUGAAUGGCCUCACCUUCGAGGGCACGGGCCCCACCAAGAAGAAAGCUAAGAUGAGGGCGGCCGAGCUGGCCCUCAAGUCCUUCAUUCAGUUCCCCAACGCUCCUCAGGCUCAUCUAGCCAUGGGUAACCAUGGCAACCCCUCUGCAGACUUUACCUCGGACCAGGCGGCAGACUUCCCAGACACUCUGUUCAAGGAGUUUGAGCCGUCGUCAUGUGGUGGCGUAGUCGGCGACAGCUUCUCCCUCUACCGGUCGGCGUCGGAGAAGAGCGAGCUGCGCCUCUCCAGCGCCCUCCGGCACGGACGAUUACUUCGCCACACGUUGGACCUAAUGGUACAGGCCAAGCAGCGGCUGGCAGGGGUCCCUGUGACCAUCCCCACCGAGGCCCCCAAGACCCCUGUGGUGCUGCUCAACGAGCUGCGUCCAGGCCUGAGGUAUGUGUGCCUGUCCGAGAGGACAGAGGGGCGACGGGCGCGGAGCUUCAUCAUGGCAGUCCGCGUGGACGGGAGGAUAUUCGAGGGCUCUGGACGCAGCAAGAAGCUGGCCAAGACCCAGGCGGCCCAGUGCGCUUUGCAGGCCCUCUUCAACAUCAGGCUGGCUCCUGAGGGGAGAGGCGGCCUUAAACCCAGCAGGAAUAGAUGCCCUCAUUUGCCCCAGGACUUUGCCGAUUCAAUAUUCCGCUUGGUGAGGGAGAAAUACCAGGAACUGGCAGACAGCUGCACCCCCAUGCAUGCACGACUCAGAGCCCUGGCAGGCAUCGUAAUGACCAGAGGUUUGGACCUGAGACAAGUCCAGGUGGUAGCGCUAUCUACCGGGACCAAAUGUAUCAAGGGAGAAUACAUCAGUAACCAAGGACUGGUGGUCAACGACUGUCACGCUGAAAUCACAGCCAGGAGAGCCUUGGUUCGCUACCUCUACUCUCAGUUAGAGCUCUUCUUAAGCAAAAGGCGAGAGGACUGGGAAGAGUCGAUAUUCGUCCGGCACAAGGAGUCAGGGUACCGGUUGAGGGACAACGUCCAUUUCCAUAUGUACAUCAGCACGUCGCCCUGCGGAGACGCUCGCCUCAACUCGCCCUACGAAAUCACCACAGACCUGCACAGCAGCAGACACCUGCUGAAGAAGUUCCACAGCCACCUGAGGACCAAGAUCGAGUCCGGGGAGGGGACCCUGCCUGUGAGGUCCUCCAGAGGGGCAGUCCAGACCUGGGACGGGGUACUGCAAGGGGAACAGCUCAUCACCAUGUCCUGCACAGACAAGAUCACAAGAUGGAAUGUCCUGGGACUGCAGGGGGCAUUGUUGAGUCACUUUGUGGAGCCGGUGUACCUCCACAGUCUGACGGUGGGCAGCCUCAGACACCCGGGUCACUUCAACAGGGUGAUGAGUCAGAGACUGGAGUGCCUCGGACCGCUGCCUGCCGCUUACAGACGCAACCAGCCUCUUCUUAGUGGUCUGAGUGUCAGCGGUGAGUGUCGUCAGCCGGGGAAGUCUCUGUGUGUCAGUGUGAACUGGACUUGUGGGGACGGUCAGCUGGAGGUGGUCAACGCGGCUACGGGACGGAAGAGGGACUCUGGGAUGCCAUCAAGGCUCUGCAAGCACGCUCUGUUCACCCGCUGGGCAAGGCUGUACCGCAAGUUGAGUAUCCAUGCUUCCGGGCCCUUGGACCAGCCACUGAUGUACUGUGAGGCCAAGAUGGCUGCCGGCUCUUACCAGACUGCCAAACAGCAGUGGCUCAGAUCGCUACAGGAGACAGGCCUGGGAACCUGGGUGAAGAAACCUCCAGAGCAGGAGAGCUUCUUGCUACAGGACUAAGACACAUUUCACUCCAUUCUAGCCAUUAUUAUGCACACGCACACCAGCUUCCUGUGGUGUGUGUGUCCGUGUUCAUCCGUCCGUUUGCGUGCGUGUCUGUAGAAGGAGCAUGUGGCAGUUGGCUUUAUUGUUGUCCGCUGACUUUGGUUUGCUCUACAAGCCUCCAUCUCCUCCUCGGCAAAAGCCACCUUUGAUGUCGGUCGUUCAAGUUCCACAAAAAAAUAUAUAUAUAUGAAAAUGGGAAUGAAAGAGAGUGGGUUUGAUCGGACCUCUCCUUCAUUAUCCCGCUGGUCCCUGGUUGUCAUGUCAAAGCCGGGGAGAAGGCAGGAAAGAAGGCAGGGUAACCUUGGUCAAUGUGAAAGGCAGCCGCUAUCUUGUCAUCAGCCAUUUGGGGGCGGCGGUGCACCUGCAGAGCUCCAGCGGGAUGGGGGACAGGGCCAGCCAAUUACAGAGCCUGUCAUUGUGACGUGUGAUGGACAGAGAGAUGGAGAAAGAGAAAAGGACCACAGAGAACCAGAUAGACAACUCACCGUUACACACACGCCCGAUUGCCACAGGCCUCGUUCACAUAUAUCUCACCUAUCUCUCUCCCUUUUCACAGCAUCUCUUUGUCUGUCCAUCUCCUCCUUUUUCUCUAUCACUUCAUCUUUCGACCCCCUUUCUAUCCCUCUGUUCCUCUCUGCCAUCUUCAACCCCCUCUCCUUCAGCGAUCUCAUUCUCUCCUCUUCUCCCCUCUCUCUCGCCUCCUCUCCACCUCUCUCCGCUCGCUUCUGACUCUAACACAAGUCACGAAGCUAGAGGUUCUGACGUGGCUACGACAGGUUAAUUCCACCUGCUCUUAGUGGCACAAAGGGAAUAGAGGAGAAUGGAGGUGAUAGCAACAUAACUGCUGCCAUUAGCCCACACUGGGGUUCCCCUUUCAGAUAGAACACCACAGCCAUCUUAGCUUCUUUAAUACCUGUCAUUAACGCUCUGAGUUGAUUUCACCUUUUUAGUCAGGUCUCUCGCUGUAAUUGGAAUGGCACAGUUUUUUUCAGAUUUUUUUACCACUGACAGGUUGAUUAUAAAGGGGGGUUGAUUAACGCACAAUAGAGCAGUCGUGAGCCUGACUUGUUAGCUGCGCUCACUUUGAGCUGGUGUAAAAGGGUUGUGACCGGGUUGUGACCAACCUGCUACAGUGGUUUGGUUGACGAGCGAUUACCUGCAAUGAUGGGAAGGACACAGAAUGGACUGACAUUCAGUCGUCAAUGGGAGAAAAACAAUAAAUAGAACCCUACUUAACAAAAUGCAUUUUGGUGUUUAGUUGCGGAGUCAUUAACUCUCUAUUGGCCCUACUCUAUAGCCCAGGUGCUGGGUGGUAGCGAGGAACCGUUCUCUUCUUUGUUUCACAUCCUCACUACUCCCCAAGCCAGUCUGUGAAGGUUCAGAAUGCUAGAACACACUAUCAAAUGUCAUCUGUAAAACACUGACUUCUCAACCCUGGCCAUGUUUGUCCACGUUGGCCUCCUUACUUUGUUUGUGUUCAUUUCAAAUGUCCGAUUUUCACCCCCCAUUUAAUCUUGAAAAUAUGCUUUAUUUUAGUAUUACAAGUAUUGUCAAAUAAUUUCAAAUCAUUAGGUCAAUGUGUUGUUUUUUACGUGUGUGAUGUUCGAAUGUAGGAAUACGAUAACGUUAUAUGCAUACAUUAUCGUCAUGUUGUUUAAAUCCUUCCACCUUACUCUGACACUUUCCUUGGAGUUCACGAAGAGAACAGUCCAGGCUAUUAUAUUAAACACAGUAACAGUG